CCAUGCGUAUCCAAGGGGUGAGGACAGCGCAUGCGCUGAGAAGGAGGAGGUCGGGACCGUUACCGGCUUGAAGCGAGAAGCGAGACUCACCCUCGCCUCGACGGUGAUGGUGGUGAAGUAAGUGCCCGCGCCAGCCCGAAGAACACGCUUGGCGCUCGAAACAAUUGGACGUCAGCGGAGCCCGUGGAAAGCGGCAGCCGAAGGACCUGUGCGGCAGCAUAAUCGCACCGCGGCUGUAACGGAGCUGUAAUCGGCGUGGCAGCGAACCAAACGCUCGCUUCUCGUGGGGUGUGCUUUGGUAGUUCUCGAACCGAGCUGCGCAGUUUGUUGCAAGCAAGAGGCCGUUGCAAAUCGGCACUGGUACCAACUUUCCAGGAGAGAUUCUUCAGUGAAGUCGUCUUUGCGAGGGUGUCCGGAAAGCUUUCCGAGGACAGCCAAGCAACUCGAAAGUACAGUCUUGACGCUUUAUAAGAGUGCCGAUGAUGUUACCCCAAGCGCAUAAAAGGUGGCGAAGCUGAAACCCCUCUCAAGAAUUUGUGUAAGUUUGAUGACAGGAGGAUAAAUCGUGAUUUCCAGGUGAAUCAGACUUUGUGCUCGUCAGACUGGUCUGCAGUGCCUCUCCUCGAGAUAUACUAAGCGCUGGACAGCAAGCCGUCUUUCAAAAGCUUUUGUUCACCGAUCUCAAGAAGUCGUGUUUCCUAAACUUUAAGAGACUUACCAAGUGCUUACAGCACGUGAUUCUCUUAGCUUGUACGAGAAGUUACUAGCACGUGGUGUGAGGUUGCCCAAAAUCGCAAGCAAGAAUACUUGGAGAGCUAUUUGGACCUCCCAGUACUGCGACGCUCCCGAGGUCUUCGCCUUCAAUACCUCAAGACAUGGCUCGAUCAAGGGUAUGGACAACUGUGGCUGCAGCGUGCGUCAUUGUCACUAGCUGCGUCCUGCCGGCCAUGGCUCAGACGUGCAGCUUGGAGCGAUCGGCUCAGUGCCGUGACGACCUGAUGAGGCAAGUACGGCAGGAGAGCCGCAGCUUCAGGGGGCAGGAGAUCGCCAACCUCUGCAGAUCUGCCCGGGACAACAUGGCUUGCCUGAUGUGGCACUCGGCCAACUGCCAGUCCAGAGACCAGCAGGACAAGAGUGGCGACGUCAUCCUGUCUGCGAAGUCCUUCCUGGACCGAUCAUGUGAUCUCGACGGAGGCUGGCGCGUGAGCCGCUGCUUCCAGUACGACGACGUGAAGCAGUGCGAAGCCAACUUCGUGGCCGGAGGCAAGACGUCCAUCGUCACCGACUCGUGCAGGAGCUACGUCGCGUUCAAGCGGUGCGUCAAGGACGUGGCGGGCCGUCGGUGUUCGGUGGAGGAGGAGCGCCAGCUGUCCUCCUACCUGGUGGACCGGGCGCGGGAACUGAGCUGGCAGUGCGGCGCCAGUUCGGGAGAAGCCCGGGACGUGCACAGCAUCUACCGGUCGGGGUCCCCUGGCGGAUACGCCCCCUACACGCAAGCCCCGGCCUACUACCCUCCUCGGUACCUGGGGACCUCCUCCACGAGCCCCCCGCUGCCACUGGCACCACUGCACCGAUACAAUUUCUCGGCCGUUUCCGCUUCCUCGCCCUCGUCUAGGGCGUCUUCCAACGAGGAUUCGUACUGCAUGCUUCGUGCCAGCGAGUACAUCCAAGACUGCUCCAGGGAACACCAGAAGCGACAGUACAACGCCAGGAGAUAUCACUCGGACGACCGAGUAAAGGAGACUUGCUGCGCCACACUAGCCUACCGGGAAUGCAUCAAGGUGGUGCUGCACGACCAGUGUCGAGACGCCGGCAGCGCGGUCAUCGACAACAUCCUCUACCAGCAGACCAGGGAGCUCGACUACGAGUGCAGGGACUUCAACGCGUACCGCUGUAGCGGCUGCAUCGCCAAAACCUCCGGUGCCAUGCUGCUGGCCGCCGUAGCACUGGUCCUGGUUCGCGCCGUCGCCUUCGGCAGCAGCUGAGCACGCGCCGGCCUGGUUAUAACAGUCCACGCUGGAAGAUGUGCAUGCUGGGACGCUGUGGGCAAACAUCCGCCAUUGUGCUUAGGGCCACACGAGUCGAUCGAGUCCGGGCUUGCACGUCAUACUGAAUGUUGCCCAGCUAACAGAGACAGGUAUAAAUGGUCGUUUCCUGCAUACCGCUAGCUCAUCCUCGCUCAAAUUACACGCAUACCCACACUUCCGCAGCGAAUUCGGUUUACUAUGUUUCGGCGCAUACUUGUGCGUUUCGUGUAGAAGAAAUCUCGCGCUCGGUGUCUGGUAUAGUAACAGUCAUAGUGACAGACGACGUAACCAUUCCCACCGCUGCAAGCGACAAUACAUGGCAACGCAACGGUGCAUGCCGGCGACCUGAAGUCGUGGUUCACCCUGGACGAAAGAAGCACGUGCUGAACCCAAACACGACGCUGAACGAAAUAAACUGUGACUGACACGUCUAACCAUAAUUUCGGUACUAUAGAGCAAGCCCGUUUAUGCCGGUACAAUCAGUUAUACCUUCCUCUCUUGUUUACGCAACAGUCUCCACGCACACACACGAUUUCUCUCUUCUCACCUGUCUCCUUUCCAUCCUAUUACAUCGUAUUUUUUGAGCGCAUUAGGCAGCGCUGCGGCAAUCUACUGCCGCUUUCAUAAGCGCUGAUUAUGUCCCUCCAUCACCUGAAGAAAAAAAAAUAUUGUGCCAGUUACCCAUGCGCGGCGAAAAUUUUGAGCUCGGCUUCUGUUAUGUCUUGAUGACAACCAGAGACUUUCGUAUUGAGGCCCAUAAUACCUUGGGUCCUGUAUGACUCACCUCUAAGCCUGUCUCUAGCGAAUUUGUUUCUCCAGGAGCCUGCACACAUAUAGGCGCACACUGACGCAUUACAGCCCAAAAUAAGUGUCGCCGCAUAGCGGACGAAGUUGAAGUUAAGUGCCGCGAUGUCCUUGGAAGAGAUUUUUCAUACCAUGAAAAAAAAAAAGACAUACAAGGCGUGUAUUUUAUCCAUAGCGUCACUAUUUAACUUCGCCUUCUUUAACGCGACAAAUAAUCGCGGUUUUUUAUCAAAAACAACUCGGCCAAAUUACUUAAGAAUUACAUACAGUAUAUUUGUUAAGGCGAGUCUAUUAUGACGUGGUAAGUUUCAUCAAAAUAACCUGGCAUUCUGCGCGUCGUAGUAGUAUUUUUCAUCUACAUGGCCGGUAAUAAUUCUGCACACACGUGUUAAGACAUCCGCCCCCCUUCCUCCAACAGCGGGCAGAACUUAAAACCCCAAGCGAAACGCGUUUACAACACAUUGUUAUGGUAAAUUCUGCUGCAUGCAGAAGUUUAAACGUUUGCGUGAGAACAUGCAUGGGCGCAUGCUAUACAUGUGGCCAUAAAGAAGUUCUUUUUGUGAUAAAAAUGCCUGUGGCGAAAUGUUUAUUCUAAGUAGAAAUAUGCGCCUUCGUUCAGAAUAUCGUGUUUGUGUACACUGCAUCUACACUAUUCCGUAUGGAGGAGAUUUCGGUCGUUCAUGAGAGUGAUUCGGCCGACCGUAUGUGCCUUGAGUGCCGUUUUAUCUGUCGUAUCACACUUGAUCAUUGUACGGGUGAAUGUGAAGUCAGCGUUUGACAUUAAGUUUAUGGUGCGCAUCUCAAGUCAUGCAGCAGAGAUCUUGGCGUGUUGUCGGAAGGCCAAAACGUGAUCGAAGAAUCUCGCAAUCUUUAUCUCCAUGUUUGUAUUAAUUGAUUGAUCACAGUUGACAAACAUAGAAUGAAAUUAACGUGUUUAGUAGUGAAACACGCCAGUUUCAAAUUAUCACGUGUUCGCGCCGGUAUCAGUGAUCAAACGGGGACAGGAUUAUACAGCCGUGUAUUUUGUUAUAUAUAUAUAUAUAUAUAUAUAUAUAUAUAUAUAUAUA